AUGGCGGGAUCUCGCGCCUCCCCGACGCCCCCACGACGCCGCCCCGUGCUGGGCUUCCUCCUCGGGCCGCCGCACGCCGCCACCGACUCCGGCCACCCUGAGCUUCCCCGAGCCCGCUGCCCUGUGCCCUACGUUCCCCGCUGUGAGCCUCGUCCGCCCCCCUCUUCUCUCCCCGUCAUCGGAUCCGGUCCGCGCUCGCUCUCACCACGCGCCCGCACGCGCGCGUCCGUGCUCACCGCGCCCGCACCGCGGCCGUCGUCGCCCUGUGCGCCGACGCGCGCCCGCGCCUCCCCGCUAACCCAGCCGCGCCCUCUUCUGGCUGCCCCGCUCUCGUCGCUCACCUACCGCCGUGCACGCGUCCGCCUCCGGCGCUCACCCCCCCGCACCGUCGCCCCGCUCCCCCCCACGAUGGCCUUACCGCUGCUCCACCGGAGCUCCCCGCCGUUCGCCGCCCCGCGCGCCCAGCUCGCCGGCACACCGACGCCCGCGCCCGCCAGCCGCCCCGUCGGGUGCGCCCCCGCGGGCCAGCGCCCGUUCGGGGCUAUGCCCGUUAGCACCCAUGCCUCUAUGGCCUUUGGGCCAAUGACACAAGGGCCCACGCCCCUGAACGUUUAA